CAGAGGAGACACACAACAAUUGGCGCUGUGAGAUCUGACAAUUCAUUGAUGACCCAAUCCAGCAUUUCACCAUGUAGUUUCAGAGAGAGAGCUAACACCUGGCCAGAAGGAGAUGAACAUGGGAAAAAGCAUCAAACCAACAGCGAACAUCAGGUGUUUAUAAAAAAGCACUCAAUUAGUGCAAUAUAUACAGAUGAAUCCAACCCUGUUAAUAUUUUGAGAGAUAAUUUUCAGACAAUGUCAGCAGUGCCCAGAGAUCCAAUCAAAAAUAUCUGCUCUUAUCUAUCUCUGGGGUCCACACUUAGCUUCUCUCUCCCCCAAGAUUUUAUGCUGCUUAACGGUAGAGAUGCAGACCUACAGAGCUCAGAGGAACAUCCUCCAUCCACUCCAGUUUUAAUUGGCUCAAACAACCAACCAUCACCUGCAGCUUUGCCAGUAGGCUCCUCAAAUUUAACUCUUAAUCAGAUACCGCAGUUGGCAUUGGAGGUGCAGCCAACUUUGACUUUACAAGGAAAGUCAAACCAUGAAACAAUUUAUGUGUUAGACAAGUUAAUAUUGGAUGCCAGUGAUAAGACUGAGAAGCAGCAACAUGACACACAUGCACAAGGGACGAUGGUCUCUACAAAGGAGUUCUGUCAUUGGGAAAUGGGAAAAGAGCAAGAUAUGGGGCAACACACUAGUCGUGAACAAAGCAGUGAGUUCAAAGAAGCUUUAACUGUAGUUGGUCACAUACCCACAACCACCUCCAGCAGCAGUACUGGUCCAUCACACAGUCAUAAGUGCCUUAGUGUCCACAGCAGGAUCAUGGAUUUGAAUGGACAUAUAUACCAUGCAUCCAGAUACAUGCAGUGGACUUGGAAGACAAAUUCUGUGUUGUUAGAAAUCAAACACAAGCCUAACCAGCUGCCUGAUUCCAAGCUAGGAUCAAACAAGUCAAAUCGUGUAGUGUUCUGUGGUGAAAGAGAAUGUACAGUGUGCUGCAGUGGUCUGGAAGAGCAGUCACCUGCUGCUCCAAUUACAGAAGACGGGGUUGAAGUACCACAACCUUCUCAUUGGCAGUUCCAGGAGGAAGAAGAGGAACUGGAUGAUAUCUGGAGAAGAAAAGUGGAUGAUGUUGCAUCUGACUGGGCUGUCGAAAGAAAAGAGGUCAGAAGACAGGAUUGUCUGUACAGAUCAACAAAGGACCAGUGUCCCUUACACUCCAUGGAUAGAGUUAAUACUUUAGUUUCCUGUGAUGCCACCAGAUGGCCUACUCGUCGCACAGGGUGCAUUUUGCAGAAAGCAGAAAAGAAGAGGAGAGGUUGCUCCUGGUGCCUUCCUACAGCUACCCCUACCAUAAAACUGAUCUAGGGUCAGCUUCCUCUGUGUCAUCUCCUUUGCCAGUCAUUGGGAGAAGUCAAAACUGCAACUAAAUCAGCUUACAUGGUUCCUCAUUGCUGUUUAAAGCUCUUGGAUGUGUUUCAGAUAUAAAUAUAUCCUUAGAAUAACCUGCGCUGAGUGAUAUCAGAUGUUCGUCUGUGCUUUCUAUAAAGUGUUUUGAUGACAGUAACAGACUGUACAUAAAAAAUACAUUGCACUGGCACAUUUGUAAAACCUGUAAACUAAACUUAUAAAAAGCUUUCUUAGCAGGGACGCGAAAGGUACUUUAAGUUGGGGGUGCUGAAAUUUUAAGGAGCGAUGUAUUACGUGGCUGAUGCCAUUAAGCAAGAUGAUUUGCCUUUUUUAAUUGAUUUUUUAUUUUUAUUUAUUUAUUAGUUUAAUUUGCGUCAAACAGAACAUGUCAAAUAGUGUUAU